AUGGAUACCUCGGUAGCCGGCUUCUUUGUUACAAGCCUGGUGAUUGCAAUGGGACUUCUCUCCUGGGCUCGGCCCAGUGGGCGAGUAUCCUUUUUUAGCUCCAAAGAGAACAAUCUUUUCCUCAAUAGGAGAAAUGGGAAAGCCGGUUCCAAGCAGACCACGCUAAAAGAACUCUGCCGCACUGCUACACCAGCAAGAUGUGAUCUCAACCCUCUCUUGUUCAACGGCCACUUGCAGACCUGCUGGACUACAGUGAAAUUUGAUGACGUUCCUGUUUACUACAAGCGCCGGAUAUUCGAGGCCGACAGCGAGGCGUAUAAGGGGCAUUUCGCCGUUGACUUUGUCGUUGAGCCUUACAAAGCACCCAAAUCCGCUGAAGCAACUGAUGCGGAGAGAAAGUAUACCCUGCCAUCAGGUCUCCCAGAACGGACGGCAAUGUUCUCCGAGGAUGAAUUCGCCGCUCUACCUUCAGAAGACUCAAAGCCUAUGCUCGUGGUUCUGCAUGGUUUAAGCGGUGGUUCCCAUGAGCUUUAUUUACGCCAUGUAGUCCACCCGCUGAUUGCGGAUCGAGGCUGGGAGGCUUGCGUUAUCAACUCUAGAGGUUGUGCCCAGACAAAGAUCUCUACGGGGAUUCUUUACAACGCUCGCGCUACUUGGGAUGUUCGGCAAGUUGUGAAGUGGUUAAGAGCAGCUUUCCCUAACCGACCUCUCUUCGGAAUUGGCUUCUCUCUCGGUGCAAACAUUCUUACGAACUAUUUGGGCGAGGAAGGAGACGCCUGCCAGCUGAAAGCAGCUGUUCUCUGCGCAAAUCCCUGGAAUCUUGAAGUCAGUUCGGUGGCCAUGCAAAGUAACUUUAUGGGCCUCAAAGUCUAUAGCAAGGUAAUGGGCGCCAACAUGAAGAAGCUUUUUGAACAGCAUGCCGACGAAGUCGUGAAAAACCCUAGGGUAGAUGCAGAAGCAAUCAGGAAUAUCACGUAUCUGCACGAAUUCGACAGGACCCUGCAGUGCGCCCUAUGGGGGUAUCCUACGGAAGGCGCAUACUACCGUGACGCAUCCUCUAUCGACUCUUUACUCUCUAUCCGAAUUCCUUUCUUUGUGGUGCAGGCCGAAGAUGAUCCAAUCGUUACCGUAAAAGCGGUUCCUUUCCAGGAGAUCGCUCAAACACCUUAUGGUGUCAUGAUGACCACCUCAUGGGGUGGACACCUCGGUUGGUUUGAGUUUGGCGGCGGGAGAUGGUUUGUGAAACCAGUGACCAAAUUCCUGAAUAUGAUGGCUCAUGAGAUUGAUCUCGAUACCCCUCCUGUGGUCGAGAAGCCGGAAGCUGUUCCUGGACGUACUUCCAGCCUUCAGAAAGACGCCGCUGUAAAAGAGCCCAAACCGGCAGCUUUCAGCCCUAUGCGGCAACACUGUGAAUAG